AUGCAUCACAUUGUACAUAUAGCGUACACGUGGGACUGUGUUGCUUUUCAGUAUAAGAAACAAGAAAGAAUAGAAACUGAUGCAAAUCCCAUCCUUGGCGUGGCAACAUUCACCUACGAGAUUUUUGAUGACGGAACCGAGGUACCCGUCUGCCUCACACAAGCCGACACCUUCUGGUCAGCUCUGUUCUUCAUCCUCACUAUCGCCGUGUUCUUCAUAGUUCCUCUUGCAGUUCUCCUCGUUCUGUACAGUGUCAUCGCCAAAAACCUCAUGGAAAAUCCCGUUAUCAUUGCACAGAACAGCAAAAAUACCAGCAAUACGGGAAACGUUGUACGAUAUAGGAAACAAGUCAUCCUCAUGCUAGGGACCGUUGUCUUAUCAUUCUUCAUCUGCCUCCUUCCAUUCAAAGCACUCACGCUUUGGAUAAUCGUAUUUCCACCAGAGACAAUAAUGUCAUUAGGUAUAGAUGGUUACUAUAUACUUUUAUAUUUUUGUAGAGUGAUGCUGUAUUUGAAUUCGGCAAUCAAUCCAAUAUUAUACAAUUUGAUGUCGUCUAAAUUUAGAGAAGGUUUUGUAAAGUUAUUAAGGAUAAAUAAGUUAAUGAGGUGUAGUCGAAGCUUGAGGGAGACAAUGCAAAGAAGGGACACAUUUAAUACAACCAUAUCAACAGGAUUUUCUAGCAGUCAGAAUACUUCUGAAUCUUUUUGGAGAAGAUACAGUAAUAGAACGUCGUCGCUAAAGUAUUUUGUUAAAAAAGAAAGUAAAAAGAUCAAAGAAGAAAAUGUGAAACAAAUGAAAGUAGGCGAAAUAAUAAAUGUUGAGAACACAAGACGUAACAGUAUGAAAUUUGUUGCUGCUUUUAAUGAAACAUAUAAUGACACAUGUGCUGAGGUACACAAUAAUCAUUGUUCUAACGAACUAUUAUCAAUAGAUACUGCUAAUGAGAACAAUAAACAAAUACAAAUAUUAAAUUUAGAUGUAAAAACUAACAAUGUUUAUUCUAUUACUUUAGAUGUAAGUGACUCGGUUGAGGGAAGAAAUAAAUUUGUUUGUAUACCAACACUUGAUAAAGAAAAUAAUAUAUUUAUAUACGACUACAAAACUAAAGAGAGCUUUGUAUGA